ACCACUCCAUUUGGAAGGUAGAAAACCACUGUUUUCACCAUGAACCCAGAUAAAUACUCCCCAAUUGCGCUUAAAUACCUAUCUAAUUCUCCUCUCCCUCCCGUGCAAUCCCACUUGUCUGCAGAAGCAACCAUGAGGAUGAGCUGCAAUGGCUGCCGCAUCCUCCGCAAGGGCUGCAGCACCAACUGCAUCAUAAGACCCUGUCUUCAGUGGAUCAGGUCCCCCAAGUCUCAAGCCAAUGCUACACUCUUCCUGGCCAAGUUCUAUGGCCGCGCCGGCCUCAUCAACCUCAUCGAAGCUAGCCCUGAACACUUCCGCCCAGCUACAUUCAGGUCACUUUUGUAUGAAGCUUGUGGGCGUGUUGUGAACCCGAUGAUGGGUUCGGCAGGGCUUCUUUGGUGCGGAGACUGGAACCAGUGCCAAGCCGCCGUCGAAGCAGUCCUCAAUGGUUUACCCAUAAUGCAGAGUCCUGCAGCUUUCAGCUCCCCUGUGGCUCCUCUCAAAACCCAUGACAUACGCCACGUGUCCAAGGACUCCAACUCAGGUGAGAUCUCCAAGGUCAAGACCCGCACCCGUUUCAAGAGAUCGGCGCCAAGGCCCAAAUCCCUGGUUCCCUCAACUAGUACCGGUAUACAUGGUCAUGGCACGUUGCUGGCCCAAAUCGAAAGACCGGAUAACAAAAAGGAAAAUGAGAACCUCUUCUCUACUGGAACCGUGGAGGGUUCUCUUCUGGACCGGACGAAACCGCAACCGGUAAUGAUUUUUGAUAACCAAGACGAAGGCGGCGACGUUGGCUUAAACCUGACUCUUUGUUUGGCCCCGCCGUCUCGCGCAGUGUUAGAAUUGAAAGAAAAUUUUGGCGGUUGCCAGAUACCUGAAAUAUAAUUUAGCUUCAAUAUUUCUUUAAUUACCUGCUUAUUUCUGUGAUUGCAUGUAAGAACACAUUGAGUGCUGUAUAUUUAGGAUACAUGUAUCUUGUGUAUACAAUGUUACAUCUCAGAUUUCACCUCAAAAUACAGCACUUUAUUUCCCUUUUUUUUUUCCCCCUAUGUGUAUCAUCAUAGAGAAAUGAAAGAUUAAUAUUACA